UUAUCAAUAGAAAAGUUAUGUUGUGCGGAUAGCUUGACAGACUAACAUCCAUCAUGAAAACCAAACACCCCCCUUUAAAAAAAUUCAGGCUCAAUUGACAACAUAUUUCAUAAAUUACAUGUGUUUCCUCAUCUAUUUAGAAGCCAAAAAUAGAAGUCUCCUUGAGCUGAUGCAUCAUCAGAUUUAAAAAUAGCCUUAAGCCCAUGACCCUCCCCCUUGUUUACCAAGAGGGAAAAAAAAAAAUUUUCGGAUCUGUCUACUUUGACCUGAGGAUGAACUUUGUUUUCUCAAGGAAAAGGAAGCACCACAUGUCGGAAGUGGGAUAAAAUGGUGCAUGCGCAGCAGCAAUAUAGCAAUUCCGGUAUAAACAUUAAAAUUAAGGAGUUAUAUUGAUAAUAAGUGGUCUGUUUGGUUUGCCUUACAAAACGUCGCUGUUUGUUGACGGUGUUUUACUCCUAGAUUUAGAUCUUAUAGAAUUCGGUACAAUUGAUUAUUAAAAAGAAUAGCCUACAAUUGUCUCUAGAAUCUUGUACUGCAUAGUGCCUAAUGCCUUAAAAAUUGUUCAAAACAUACCCAACUAAUAAAAAAUCACAACUAUGGGAAAAAGAAAAGUACCUAAAAACCAAACUCCUCUUUUGGCCACAACAAGUGAACCAACAAAAAAAGGAGAUGAAACUGUUAAAGGAAAGAAAACCUAUUCACUACCAACAGCUGCUAAAAACUAUAGUGAACCUGACAAUUUAGCAGAUCUCCCAAAAGUUCAAAUUCCCAGCCAAUUAGAAAAUGCUUUGAUUGAACUUAUUUUAGAUGAGCAGAAAUCUAGAAAAAACCUUGGAGAUAUUUCAAAAAGAAUCACAUCUAAGAAGUUAAGUAAUGUUUAUAACAGUCUGACUGAUGCUGGCUUCUCCAAGAACCAGGUUGAAGCAGCUAUGUCAGCAACAAUUGCUUGUGGUGGAGAUUUGUUAGAUGCUUUAGACUGGCUUUGUUUAAACACACAGAAUGAUCAGCUUCCAGCUGGUUUUUCGGAAACUCUACACAAGGAAGAAGAAAAACUUAGACCAAAAUUUGACACAACUUUACAAAUUGAUAUGAAACAAGCACAAAAUAUUGCAGCUGCUACUGACAGUAAAAUUCCUAUUCCACAGAAAAUUGACAAGUUAAAAGGUGCUGAACAGCAGACAUCUGUUAAAGAUUGGGUUCUCAGUUAUGCUGAGCAGGAAUCAGAGGAGGAGUCAGAGGAGGAAGAAACAGAGGAAACAGAAGCUCAUUUUGAUCCAACUGGCCGAUAUUCAGUGCUCCAUGGUGAAAUGCUAGAAUUAAAAGAUCAGGCAGCUAUUGCUAAGAGCAACAAUAACCAGGAACAACAUAAACAGCUAUCUAAGUUGUUGAGAGAAAUUCACUUGGAAAUGUCUUCAUUAGAAAAACAUCCAGAUUUUGAUAAGUCCAUUAAGUCUCAACUGAAGGAAUCAUGUUCAACUAAAACAGCAAUGAAAAAGUCUAAACCUACAUCUGAAACUCAAGAAGACAAUUUAGGGCUCAAUCUUUUUACCCAGACAGAAGAUACUUCUAUUGUCAAACCAGCAGAGGAUGCUAAAGUUGAAGUUAGAAACUUUGAAUAUACCAGAUCCCAGUGGACAGGUAAAUCACCAAAGCAGUUUCUUAUCGACUGGGUUCGUAAACAUUUACCAAAAAGUGGGCCACCCAAGUUUACAAAAAUACAAGUGAAAUUCAAUCAAUUUAAGAGCAUAGCACUAGUAGACAGACAAAAAGAUGGUAUUCUCUCCGUGACUCCUGACAUCUUGUGCAAUAAUAUCAAAGAUUCUGAACAUUUGGCUGCCACAUUAGCUUUGUAUCAUUUGUGCAGAGGACAGCCUGUUCAUCAACUCCUGCCUCCUCCUUACAGAAAUGUUUGGCUGGACUGGGCAGAUGAAGAAAAGAAAUUGAAAGAUGAAGCAGUGGAAAAAGAAAAUAAGCCAAGAGAUCAGUUCAUUGCUAAACUUAUAAAAAAAUUGAAUCUGGAAGAUGUCCCUAUAAAAGUUGACAGUGAAAUGAGGAUAGCAACAGAUGAGGAAGCACAGGAAGAUGACUGGGAAACACUUGCUGAUAAGGACCAGCUAAAUGAGAUCGCUACCGGAAGUAAAUCCAGUGCUUCCACACAAAAUUUGGCAAAGAGAAAUAAAAGAUCUGAUGGCAGUUACUUACAAAAAGCUUUGGCUAACAGACGUUCAAGUCCAGAGUAUCUGGAGCUGUUACGCUCCAGACAGAUGCUUCCUGUGUUUCAGUACAAAGAACAGUUAUUAUGUGCUAUUCAAGAUCACAAUGUUGUUAUAAUAGCUGGAGAAACAGGCAGUGGUAAAAGUACGCAAGUUCCACAAUUUUUACUUGAGGACUGCAUAGACAGAGGCUUGAGUGAAGUCUAUGUUGUGUGUACUCAGCCAAGGAGGAUCUCAGCCACAAGUCUUGCUAAUCGUGUAUCCAGUGAACUGGGAGAAAAUGGACUUGACCAGAAGGAGGCCCUAGUUGGCUAUCAAAUUAGAUUUGAAUCACACAAAGGAUUAAAUACAAGGUUACUAUACAGCACCACUGGUGUGGUCCUUAGGCAGUUGCAGAAUGAUGCAGACUUGAAAGGAAUUACUCAUCUGAUUAUAGAUGAGGUUCAUGAGCGCAGUGUUCAGUCAGACUAUCUCAUGAUUGUUGUCAAAGAAAUUCUGACUCGUAGAUCUGACUUAAAAUGUAUUCUAAUGAGUGCUACCAUGGACAGUGGCAAGUUCUCUGCCUACUUUCAGCACUGUCCUGUUAUCAGUAUACCAGGAAAAGCUUUUGAAGUGGAGGUGCUUUAUUUGGAAGAUGUCAUUGAAAAAACUGGCUAUGUAGUAGAUGAAGAUUCACAGUACACUUUGAACCCUAAGCAUCUUAUACAGGAGGCUGAAGCCAAAGUAGAUAUCACACAGAAAAGAGGGGAUUCCUCUACACAACUAUUAACAUGGACAAAAGAAGACAUAAGCAAAAUAGAUAGGACAAACCUUCCUGCUGAAACGUAUUCAUUACGAACUAGGAAUGCAGUUAGCAGACUUAAAUUAGACAGGAUUAAUUUAGAUCUAAUAAUGGAUUUAUUAAACUAUUUAGAGAAAUCGCCACCAUAUUGUAACAAAGAUGGUGCCGUGCUUAUUUUUCUCCCUGGUUACUCUGACAUCCAAGAACUCUAUGAGAUGCUGACAUCACACAGACAAUUUAACAAUACUGCAAGGUACCAGAUCUAUGCCCUUCACUCACUCCUAUCUUCCAAUGAUCAGACCAAAGUGUUUCUAGUGCCUCCACCUGGUGUUAGGAAAAUAGUUUUAGCAACCAACAUUGCAGAAACUGGCAUUACAAUACCAGAUGUAGUUUAUGUUAUUGACAGUGGGAAAGCUAAAGAGAAUAGGUACAUGGAAAGUAGUCAAAUGAGCUCCCUUGAAGAAGUAUUUAUCAGUAAAGCCAACUGUAAACAACGAACAGGAAGAGCUGGAAGAGUCAAAGAAGGUUACUGCUUCAGGCUCUUCACUAAAGAACAGUUUAAUGAAUUCAAACCUUACACAAAACCUGAACUUCUUAGAGUGCCAUUGGAGGAACUUUGCUUAAACAUAAUGAAAUGUCAGUAUGGCAAACCUCUUGAGUUUUUGAAUCGUGCCCUUGAUCCACCACAGACAUUAGCAGUUUCAAGGGCAAUGUCUCUGCUGAAAGAAGUGGGAGCAUGUUAUGUGGAUGAGAGCUCCUUGACACCACUAGGUCAUCAUUUAGCUGCUCUACCUGUGAACAUAAGAAUUGGAAAGAUGCUACUAUUAGGAUCCAUAUUUGGCUGUUUAGAACCAAUAGCCAUAAUAGCUGCCUCCAUGACAGAGAAAUCUCCUUUUGUUGCACCUCUUAGUAAGAAAUCAGAAGCAGACAUCGCAAAACAAUCUCUAGCAGUGUAUUGUUCUGAUCAUAUUACACUUUACAAUGCAUUUAAAGGGUGGCAAAAAUCAAAACUAGAUGGUAAGGCUGCAGAGAAUGCUUAUAUCUCAAAACAUUUUUUGAAAAAGUCUACACUUAAUGAAAUAGAGAAUGUCACAAGGGAUCUAGUCAAGUUAGUGGAAAGUAUAGGUUUUGAUUCUAAAAGAAAGACUUCUAAAGAUGUCAAAUUUGAUGACCUUGUUCCUGUUGCCCUUAUUAAAGCUGUGUUGACAGCAGGAAUGUACCCACAGGUUGGCCAAGUGAUUACAAGUCCUCCUAUAGAUACAUCUGAAAAAAGUGUUUGUCUUGUGAAUACAUCCCAAGGUGUUGCUCAAGUACAUCCUUCUUCUGUGAAUAGACAUCUCAAUGCAUCAGGAAGCUGGAUGAUCUAUCAUGAAAAGGUGAAAGUAUCACAAGUCUAUUUGAGAACUACUUCCAUUGUGACCCCUUACUCUCUUCUAUUAUUUGGUGGAGCCAUAGAUGUUCAACACACACAAAAACUGGUUUUGCUUGACAGCUGGAUUCAAUUUAAGGCAAUGGCCAAAACAGGUGUUAUAUUUAAAGAAGUGAGAUUAUUGUUGAACAGCAUAUUAGAAAAGAAGUUGCAGACGCCAUCACUAAAUAUAUCAGACUGUCCACUGAUAUUUUUGCUAAAAGAUUUGUUGAGGUCAGAAAUGUCUAGGUGAUACAAAUUACAGCCUGUCAUAUAUUUAAUGUAAUUUAUAUAGACUUCUAUAUUUGUUUCAUGUAUCAGCAAUGCUUUGCUUUUACAAAUGUUUAAUAACUAUCAGAAUGUAUGCAUCAGCGCAUUAAAUAUUGUUUCACCAAAAAAAA